GUUGGGUAACUGCUAUAUGCGAUGAAUCAGUUCAAUCCGAAUUAUCUGAUCAAUUCGAUCUUGCUGAAGAAAAAAAAUUUUCAGAUUUAGAAAAAAGCAAAUUUCGCAAACAAAUCAUCCAUCCUCAAGCCUUUUAUACAAGCAGGCACUUGUAUUUUUCCGAAUUAAUUGACUCUACUAAAAAUGAAGUAUAG